AUGUCAAAACAAAUUCUUCCAAUUGAUUAUAUUACAGUUGAUGUAAAAUUAUUUGAAGAUAUUCCAAAAGCUGUUCAAAGUAGUCCAAAAGUUACUGUAGCUGUUGAAAACAAUUUAAAGUUGUAUGCUUCAAUUUCAGUUUCAGAUGCUAUGCAAAGUUUGGCAACUGUUGGUGAAUUAUUAAAAGUUGCAAAUGCUGCAGCAAAUGGUCACUCUUGUUCAAAACCAAUCAUUAAAAUCUUGGCUGAAUAUCAAUCAUUGGUAAAUGAUACAGUUAGUACUUGUUCAUUAUUUGUUUUUAAUUGUAUUGCAUCACUUAAACAACAUGAACUUGCUUUACGUUUAGCUGAAAAACAACCACUUAAAGCAUUAAGUAUUAUGUCCAAAACUGCUGAAAAAGCUAAAGAAAUGGCUGACAAAUCCCAACAAUUGGUUAAUAUGUCAAAGAUUUUAGUUGACCAAUCAACAGAGGCUCUUGAAAUGGCAACUGGUGAUAAAAAUGAUGAAAUCGUUAAAGAAAAUGAAGUAAUCAAGAAACAAGGUGAACUCGAGGCUCAAGCUGCAAAAUUAAGAACUGAAGUAGAAGAUCUUAAAAGACAAGCUGAUGAAUUCAAACAAUUGGCUGAUAAAGCAAGUAAAGAGGCUGCUGAACAAAGAAAAAGUGCAAUGCUUUUACAAGUUGUUAGUGCUGUUACCACACCAAUAGUACAAUUAGCAGGACCAAUCAUUUCAAGUGUUUCAGGAGCUGGUGUUAUCGAUAGUACAAGUAAAAUCCUUGGUGUUGUUGGUAAUGCUAUCGAUGGAGAGUCAACAGCAACCAAAAAACAAGAUGAAACUGAAAAACCAACCACCACCAAAACUGAAUCAGUUAGUGCCUCAUCAGAGAUUAAAGAUAGGAAAAUUAAAUUAGAAAAACAAGAAGAAGAAAAAUCAAAAGAAUUAAAAGAAAAGAAAGCUGAAUUGAAAAAAGUUGAAUCUGAACCAGAAUCUGAUUCAAAGAAAGAAAAAAAAGAAAAAUUGGAGAAAUCAAUCAAAGAAAUCGAUCAACAAUUAGAAAAAUUGGGUAAAUUAUUAAGUGAUACAAUCAAUGAAAUUGCUAAUCAAUACAAAGAAAGAGCUGCUAAAAGUGAAGAUAAAGAAGCUUCCUAUAUGAAAUUGAAAUCUCAAUAUCAAGAUUUACAAAGAAAAUCAAAUGCUGAUUUAGCUCAAAAUGUAGUUCAAUUAAAGAAUUUAUCAAUUCAAAAGAAUUCAUUAGAGGUUUCAAUUAAAAGUUUAGAAAUUACCAUUAAAACAAUGGGUAAAGUUAGAACAAUCUUUGAAAAUACUCGUCUCUUUUGGUUACAAGUUAAAGGCCAAUGUGAAGCUUUAUCUGAUGUUAGCAAUAUGAAGGAUCUCGCUGAUGCUGCUGAUAUUGAUGAUGAAUUCAAAGUUGAUUUCACCAAUGAAAUUAAAUCAUCAGGUUUAAAUUGGUUAGCAUUAGCUCAAAUUAAUUUCACUGCAAGUAAUACAAUUAUUGGUAUUAAGAAGAACUUUGAUGAAGUAAUGAACAAUUUACCAGGAAGAUCAGAAGCUGAAGCAAUAGUAAAAGCUAGUUGUGAUGAAAUUCAAAAAAUUCUCACCCAAGAAAAUAAAAAAAUUGAUGAAAUUAAAAGUCAAACUGAUAAGCUUGUAAAGUAA